AUGACGAAUCAAGUUGCUACGCUCAAGUUCAACGCUGUUAUCGAAGGAAUCGACAAAGUUGGCUAUUUCGUUAGUAAGUUUUACAUUUUUUCUAUAUUUUUCUUGAAUUUUAGAGAGAUUGAUAGGAGUUUCCGAAUUCUACGCCAAGUCUACGUUGAUUUUGACCAUCAGCGAAGACAGUUUUGUGCUUUGCAAAGGUGUGGACAGCGUUUUAUCCUCAACUAUCACUGAGCUCUGGCUGAAUAAUGUAAGAAAAUAAACAUGAAAACACAGAAAGAAUAUGUCUUAAUCGAAAAAGUAGUUAUAAAUUUUGAUUUAGCAAAUAGUGAAAAUUCGUUAAAAGGACUUUUUUAUCGGAAAAUUGAUACGGAUUUACCUUUUUGACCAGAACUUUCUUCCAAAAUUAGAUAGAGAUUUGAAACUUUCUGUGAUUUUAGGUCAUUCAUUUAGCCAACUACCACAAUGUUAAGAUUUUUCAAAUUCAUACGCAUCUUCAAAUUACAGUAGAUCUAGCAGGCCAUUAUUAUAUAAACCUUAGAAAAUUAUAUAAAACUAACUUAAUUCAAGAAUUCAGAAGCAAUGUUUCGACCAAUAUGAAUUUAUGGAGACAGAAAGAGGCCAGGUUUCAUUUGAGAUCGAAUCAGACCAACUGAAUGAUGUUCUACGAGGUAUAGAAGUUUACAAACAACGGGUUGAUAUGCUGAAGCUGAGAGUGGCACAAGUGGAUUCAAACCUCUACCUACGAAUUAAAAUCCCAAAUCUUAAUGCUACACACGAUAUUAACACAGAGUUAAAGCCGCUGGCUGACCUAACCGAGUAUCGGAUGCCGGUGAACAAUAAAGACUAUGUAAGGAAGUUAUAGUGGGUAAAUUAACCUUGAUUUCAGACCUCAGCAAUCAUCCCAGAGUCUGGUAAAUUGGAGAGAAUACUGACUGGAUUCAAAAACAUGGAUCAUCCGACUGUUGAGUUUCUGCUAUGGGUUUCGAAAAAGCAAUUGCGGAUUUCUGGUUCUGAUACGGACUGUUCUAGUACUAUAAUAAUGAAGGAUUUGGAUGUUACUCAAAAGAUAAAUGGUAAUGUCUUCUUCUGACUUAAAACAAAGCUCUUAAAGCUAUUAUUAAAGUCAGUAAAGUAGCGUUUAACUGUAAAAAGGGAUUGUCCGUUGCAAAAUGCGGAGAUAACGUUAUCGCCAUUUUAAACUUUUUGAAAAUUUCAGGUGAGGAUGAUGCAGAUAUACUAGACAAAAUGAAAGUGCGGAUAAGUCUUCAAAAUUUGCAUACUGUCCUAAAAGGCUUCUUGGAUUCUCGAGAACCAGUGGAAGUUCGUAAGUUUUUUAAAUUUUUAAUUUAGAAAUAAAAAAAAGUUGUAACAAAAAUUAGGUGGUUGUCUACUAUAUUAUAAUUUAUGAUUUUCAGGGGUCACAAACCAAAACUCGGCCAGAUUUGUUGUUCAAAAGACAGAUGGUAUUUUUACUCUACACCUAUCUCACAUUCAUGAUUAA